UUGGUAGAUAAUGGUCUACGCUAGCAGACAUCCUUCCCCCUCUCUCUCUACAGAAUCUGCUUUCACAGAACCCAUGAAUCCAGACUCCUUUCCUUCUUCUUCUUCUCCUUCUUCCUCAUCUCUUCUGCCUCGAUCUUGUCACUCUCCCACAUUCCAUAGUGAACCUCCAACAACAUCCUCUAGCUUGAUUUUCUUCUUGUUUGAUUUCAGGAUUUAAAAUCCCAGAUUUCCAGACAUCCCAACCCAAAUACUAUAUUUCUGACAGAUUCUUUGUUGGGUUUUCUUUUUUAUUUUGUUUUUUAAAAAUCUGUCCUUGGAUUUGGAGAUUUUUCUUAGAUUUCAAGCAUGACAGAGAUUCUGUAGCAUUAUAGUACAAAACCCAAUUACUAUAUUCUUGAAAUUCUUGAUUUUUUUUUUUUUUUUUAAAUGGGGUUUUAGAAUCUUUGCUUUGAUUUCAUGUUGUAUGUUGUUACAUAAAUUCUAUAGUAGAAUAUAAUAAUAAGUAAUUAUAUUAGUAGCAUAAAACCCAAGUUCUAGAUUUUUGAAAUUCUUGAUUUUUUUAAAGCUCUUGUUUUCUGGUGGGAUGGAAUUUCUUCUGGAGGCUUAGGCCAGUGAUUCUGUUCAGUUGGUUUUCUUUUCUUUGGAUUUUUUUUUGGGGGGGAAAUUUAUAGACUGAAACAAACAAGAUUUGUUGUAUUUUGUCUUUCAGGGGGGAAAAAAAAGAAGAGAAGAUUUCUUGUAUUUAGUUAAUGGUUUUUCUUUUUCUUAUUAUUUUUCUUAGAAUGAAUGUUUUUGGGCUCUGACGAGUUGAGCUUAUCCAGUCAGUCCUCGAAAUUUUAAUGGUGGUAUAUGUGCUUUUGAUGAUAUGCUGUUGGAUCUUCUCUGAAAUCCCCAUGAAUUGGUUUGAUGAUGGUGAAUCCAUGGAGCAAAAGGCUGGUUUCUUCGGCAGUAGGCAGAAGAUUUGGUUUAGAUUGUGGGAGAGAUUGUCAAGGAGCGGUUGGAAGAUAUACCAUUGCUACCAGUAUAUAGGACCGAGGAAUGUUCGGCAGACGUGGUGGCGGAAGGUUUUGGUUGCAUGGGUACUGGUUUCGAUCUUUGGGUCGAUGUCAGUUUUCUGGUAUAUGAAUUCCCACACGACCGAGAAGCGGAAGGAGACUCUCGCAAGCAUGUGCGAUGAGCGGGCCAGGAUGCUGCAGGACCAGUUCAAUGUGAGUAUGAAUCAUCUCCAGGCGCUGGCGAUUCUGGUCUCAACAUUCCAUCAUGGGAAGAACCCAUCUGCCAUCGACCAGAUGACUUUUGCAAGAUAUACGGAAAGAACCGCUUUCGAGAGGCCGCUGACGAGUGGAGUAGCUUAUGCAGUGAAGGUGCUUCAUGCCCAAAGAGCGCAAUUUGAGAAGCAACAGGGAUGGACCAUCAAAAGGAUGGACACCCACGAGCCGUCUCCCAUUCAUGAGGAAUAUGCUCCGGUUAUCUUUGCACAGGAUACCAUUUCACAUGUCGUGUCUCUUGAUAUGUUGUCUGGAAAGGAAGAUUGUGAUAAUGUCCUGCGAGCCAGAGCAUCUGGGACGGGGGUUCUCACUGCUCCUUUCAGGCUACUGAAGUCCAACCGUCUUGGUGUUAUUCUGACUUUUGCUGUCUACAAGUCAGAACUGCCUGCAAAUGCAACACCAGAUGAGCGUAUUCAAGCAACAGAUGGGUACUUGGGUGGAGUUUUUGAUAUAGAAUCACUGGUGGAGAAGUUACUUCACCAACUUGCGAGUAAACAAACCAUCAUCGUGAAUGUGUAUGACAUCACUAACUCUUCAGAUCCGAUUAGCAUGUAUGGUUCGAGUGCAGCAGAUAACAGCACGUGCCAUGUUAGCUCCCUUAGCUUUGGGGACCCGUUUAAGAAGCACGAGAUGCGUUGCAGAUUCAAACACAAGCCACCGUUGCCAUGGCUGGAAAUAGUGUCUUCAUUCGGAAUUCUUGUAAUUGCUUCGCUCAUUGGGUAUAUAUUCCAUGCAACAAUGAGUCGCAUCGAAAAAGUGGAGGAGGAUUUCCUUGAGAUGAUGGAGCUCAAGAAGCGGGCAGAGGCAGCGGAUGUUGCUAAAUCUCAGUUCUUGGCUACUGUUUCUCAUGAGAUUCGGACUCCGAUGAAUGGUGUUCUAGGCAUGUUGCAGAUGCUCAUGGAUACUGAUUUGGAUAUAACUCAACAAGAUUAUGUGAGAACUGCCCAGGAUAGUGGCAAAGCUCUAGUCUCCCUCAUAAAUGAGGUGUUGGAUCAGGCGAAGAUCGAAUCGGGUAAGCUUGUGCUCGAGGCUGUCCGGUUCAAGCCACGGGCAAUCUUGGAUGAUGUUCUGUCGCUGUUCUCGGGAAAGUCUCAAGACAAAGGAAUAGAGUUUGUUUCUCUUGCAACUGCCGGAAAUUCUGAUAACGGAAUCUGUUGGGAAGAGCAGUUGGCUGUGUACAUCUCAGAUCGGGUUCCUGAAUUCGUAAUCGGAGAUCCCGGAAGGUUUCGGCAAAUCAUCACGAAUCUCAUGGGGAAUUCUAUCAAAUUCACGGAGAAAGGGCAUAUCUUCGUGACUGUCCAUCUUGUGGAGGAGGUGAUGGGUUCAAUAGAAGUCGAGACUGAAGCGUCAUCAGCGAAUACCUUGAAUACCUUGAGCGGCUUCCCCGUCGCAGAUAAACGGCGCAGCUGGGAAAGCUUCAAGGCAUUCAAUCAAGAGAGUCCUAUGUUCCCGCAGACCUUCUCAUCGACUUCCUCUGAGUUCAUUGAUGUAAUUGUUUCCGUUGAGGAUACAGGUGUGGGGAUUCCACGAGAAUCCCAAUCUCUUAUCUUCACCCCAUUUAUGCAAGUGGGCCCCUCCAUUUCCCGUACCCACGGUGGGACGGGCAUCGGGCUAAGCAUCAGCAAAUGCCUGGUGGGCCUCAUGAAUGGGGAGAUCGGAUUCGUUAGUGAACCUCAGAUCGGGUCUACAUUCACCUUCACGGCCGUCUUCACCAAUGACCGCACCAAUUCGAUGGAGUACAAAAGCCGGCAACCCCAGCAGAUAAAUGGCCUGUCCGAGUCCCCGUUAUCCGAAUUUCAAGGGAUGACAGCAUUGGUGGUCGACCCAAGACCUGUUCGUGCGAAGGUGACAAAAUACUAUCUCCAGCGGCUUGGAAUGAGUGUUGAGAUGGCCAAUGAUUUAAAUCAAGCUUUCUCUAGCAUAGCUGGUGGGUUGGGCAUUAUCAAUGUGGUCCUUGUCGACAACGAAGCAUGGUCUAAGGAUACUGAUCUUGCGUCUUGUUUCUCUAACAAGCUGAGGAAGGAUGGCGGAUCGGACAGCCCGAAACUCUUCCUUCUGGCCAAUUCCAUCAGCUCUACCAAAAUCAAUGCUGCCACGUCUCAUGUAUAUUUUCCGACGGUGAUCAUGAAACCUCUCAGAGCAAGCAUGCUAGCUGCGUCACUGCAGCGGGCCAUGGGUGUUGGUAACAAAGGAAAUGGCCGCAAUGGAACCGUCCCGUUGUUGUCCUUGCACAAUCUUCUGCACGGGAAGCAGAUUCUAGUUGUAGAUGACAAUGUAGUUAAUCUGAGAGUAGCUGCUGGUGCAUUGAAGAAGUAUGGAGCUCAAGUAGCUUCUGCUGAUAGCGGGAAAAAGGCGAUCACAAUGCUCAAGCCGCCUCACGACUUUGAUGCCUGCUUCAUGGAUAUUCAAAUGCCGGAAAUGGAUGGCUUUGAAGCUACUAGAAGGAUUCGAGAUAUGGAACAUGAUGUCAACAGCCGGAUUCGACAUGGAGAAGUAUCAUUGGAGGCUUACAGAAAUGUUGCGCACUGGCACACACCGAUAUUGGCCAUGACCGCGGAUGUAAUUCAGGCUACACAUGAGGAGUGCACGAAAUGCGGAAUGGACGGCUAUGUAUCAAAGCCGUUCGAAGGAGAACAACUCUAUAGGGAAGUCACACGCUUUUUUAAAUCAACAGCCUCAAAGUCUCAAUAGAGCACGUUAAGGUGGGUCUGAGGAUGCUGGAUGAUUGGGAUGUUCCUCGCGGGCCGUUACUCUCGAGUGCAGCAUUGGGAUGUUUAAUCAAGCUUUGAUUUGCGAGAGCAGCAUCAUGUUGGAGUGUGGGCCAUGCUACACUGGUGACAGGUCCCACCUCAUUUCCUUUGUUUAUGGUUGAGCGGCCUGCUUUCUGUCUGCUAAAGACCUUAACUGUUGCAACAUUGUAUAAACUUGCUCUGAAGGGAUGGCAGAAGCCAUGGAAUUGUCUCAAAGACAGUCCUGCGAACAUCUUCGGCCCUGUAACAUACAAGCAAGACCCUUUUUUUCUUCCCGAAAAUGGGAUUGUAUAGAGAUCGGCAUUGUCAAAUUUCUCUAGUUCAGUUGUAACGGAGGAUGAACACAUGAAUGUAAAUAUCAUGUCAAAUAAUGACCAUUGAUGUAAUGAUAUUGGGAAGGCGUGGGCCACCCAUUG